AUGGACAAGUCUUGGAUGUGUUGUACUGACAGAUCGAGCGACGUUUACUUAAAAGGAGUUGAGAGUUUUCUUCAAUUUGCAUUUAAGCAAUCAGAACUAGAAGAUGAAAUUCCUUGUUCUUGUAAGAAAUGCAAUAACGUUUUCCACAAGUCUAGAGAUGUGGUCAAGGAACAUUUAAUAAUUUUUGGGAUAGUUCAAGGAUACACACGUUGGCUUUAUCAUGGAGAAUUUGCACCUAAAAAGCAAAAUGUUAAUCAAGAGGAAAAAGGAAAGGAACCAGGUGUUCCAUCUCAAAAGAAAAGAAAAGAGCGAGGUGAUGAUAUGUUUGAAAUGAUAUAUGAUGUUGUUGGUCCUGAAAUCACAAAUGAUUCUAGUGGGGUUAAGUAUAAACAUGGUGAUACUUCAGAAUCUACUUCCACAUUUUCCAAAUUAUUGGAGGAUGCUGCACAACAACUUUAUCCUGGUUGCGAGACAUUCUCCAAGUUAUCACUAAUUGUGGAACUGUUCCAAAUCAAGUGUCUUUAUGGGUUGAGUGGUAAAGCAGUUGAUAGCAUACUAAAGUUAUUUAAACAAGCACUUCCUUCUGGUGAAACUUUACCAGAGUCAUUUUAUGGAGCAAAAAAAGUGAUUAAAAAUUUAGGUCUUAAUUAUGAAAAAAUACAUGCUUGUGAGAAUGAUUGUAUGUUAUUUUGGAGACAUAAUGCGAAAGCUGAAUCCUGUUUGAUUUGUGGGGAGUCUAGGUGGAAAUCAGUUGAAGGUCAAAAAACUAAUGGGGAUACUCAAGGAAAAACUGGGAAAAAAGUUCCUCGAAAAGUGUUACGUUACUUUCCCUUGAAACCAAGAUUGCAAAGGUUAUUUACAUCACCAGAAAUAGCUUCAGACAUGACAUGGCAUCAUGAUCAACGUUCAAAAGAUGGGGUUCUUAGACAUCCAGCAGACUCUGAAGCAUGGAAACAUUUUGAUACAUUAAAUUCGGGCUUUGCUAGAGAUCCUCGUAGUGUUAGACUUGGUUUAACAUCUGAUGGGGUAAAUCCUUUUGGUAAUUUAAGUGUUUCUCAUAGCACUUGGCCAGUGAUCACUACUGUCUACAACUUACCCCCUUGGAUGUGCAUGAAGAAACCAUAUUGUUUCUUAUCUUUGUUGAUACCUGGUCCUAAGGCUCCUGGAAAUGAUAUUGAUGUAUACUUAGAACCAUUGAUAGAUGAGUUACGAGAACUAUGGUUUUAUGGAGUCGAUACAUAUGAUGCUUCGAGAAAAGAGAAUUUUGUAUGCGGGCAGCACUCUUAUGGACUAUAA